AUUAGCAGCUCAGAGGAGCUUCUGCACCCAGUGACGUGCCAGUGCAGCCUCCUUUCAUUCAACUUUUAAUCUGGCGUUGCUUUGCAUCACCUAGGCAGAGAGACCUGGAGGACUUCAGUACCGGAGCUGUCCACUCUCCACUCACACUCCACCCUUAGCGUCACGCUCUCUCACUCACACACACACACACCCUUCCACACUUGAAGCAGAGCACUGACAUGCCGGGUUGCAGUGCAUGAAAAAGGAAGCGACAAAGUGCAAACGGAGUGCAGUUGAGUCUCAACGCAGCCAUGGGCGUACUGAUGUCCAAGAAGCAGCAGGUGGAGAAGGUUCAGAAAUGCAAUGCGGUGGUCUCAGCAUUUCGCGAUGGUCUGAAGAACCAGUCGAGUGUCCCUCAGGCUCAAAACAACUCCGAGAGCAAAGAUGAGGCUCCGAACCAGCCAGAGUCUGAUGAGUCUGGACGAAAAGAGGAGGACGGGAAACCGGGGCCAUCCACUGCUCCACCCAAAGAGGAGAACAAAGCCAAUCAGGAGGCCUGGGGCCGCUUACGGGAUGGGAAAGGAGUAGAGCCUGAGGAGUUAAAUAAAGUGCAUCAGCUCACGCCACCAGCGUUUAUAAGGCCGAAGAGGCAGCCGAAUGACGAUCAGCCCAUACAGAUCGAGCUCGGUCAGAGAGAGCAGCCAGUGAAUGAUGAGAUGUGCGAGGUGUGCGAAGUGUGGACAGCGGACGAUCUGUUCCCAUGUCGGAUAUGUACAAGGGUGUUUCAUGACGGUUGCCUGAAGGAAAUUGGAUACCUGCGUGCUGACACUGUGCAGGAGAUGAGAGAGACGGCUCACACCACCACGGGCUGGAGCUGCUACUACUGCGACAACGUAAACUUGCUCCUGACUGAAGAAGAGAUGUACAGCCUAAUGGAGACAUUCAAGCAGUGCAAGAUCAUCCCAGAAUCCUGCCUCGUCUCGGACGAGCUCCUUCAGUACAGGCACUUCGUGUCCAAGCAGCUGUUUGAGAAGGAUCUGACAGACGAUCAGGAGGAGGAGGUGCUGGCCCAGUUUGCUGCUCUUGACCCAGAGAAGAAGGGACAGAUAGAGUGGUCAGAUUUCCUGUAUCAUGAGUCGCUGUCAGUGCUGCAGAAAUUUCGGACAGAGAACUCCCUGGUGCGUUUGCUCACGGCUAAAGAGCGUGACAGAGCGCGUGCAGUCUUCCAGAGUCUGGACCAGGAUAAAGAUGGUGUCAUCACGGGUGGAGAGAGUCGGCGAGCUCAAACCUCAUGGUUCCAUAAGCACAGCAAAGAGCCUCAGUCCUGCAACGUCAGACUCAGGGGACUGUGUUCUCCUGCAAUGAAUAUGGGCAUCAGCCAUGUAGGCCCGAUUUCAGAGAGCAGUCCUGCCAGCUCAAGCAGUGACAAGAGCAGAGACAAGGCCAUGGAGAAAUACGACAACAGGCCAGUGACAUGGGACGCGUUCUUGCGUGAGAGCGCCAUCUUCAUCCUGGCUGCUCGACCCAACAGCAGCGCCAUGCACAUCCGUCUGCCCCUGUAAUCCCGCCAAACCCAGGCUGGGGUCUGUGGGAAGGCAGCACAGUGUCCCCUAGACGUGUGGAAAAAAUCCUGGCACUGAGAAAGGAUGCGACACUCAGAGGCUGUAUAAGCCAUCGACGCACCCCGUCUCAAACAGAACACUAUUACUUCUAUAACAGCACACUGAAAAAAAGAUUUUAGGAUUUUUUUCUGAGAUGUAUCUCCGGCACAUAUUGUAAACCAACCAGUCGCAGCUCAGUGGUUGGCUGGGUGAGAAGAUUGACAGCUAUUUCUGUAUGUAAGCUAUAAGAAGCACUGCCAUCUACUGUGUAUAAAAUAGCAAAAAUGCACCACAGUAUUAAACCAUCAGCCUUUAAAUAUCCAGUCUUAGUCACUUGUGAUCAGAAUACACGUGGGAUAAAAGUGUUUGACCAGUUUUAAAGCCACUGUAAACAAGAAAACGACAAAACGACCAUCAAUGUAGUGGAUAGCACAAGCACUAACAGGAAUGAAAGCUAUCUGCAUAUAUUAUAUAAUAUAUAUAAGCUAUAUAAAUGUGAAUAUUAAUAUGUAUUAUAUAUAUGUGUAUUUAUUCCUGAACCUCACAGUUUUAAAAAUGUCCUGGUUUUAGAUGCACCAUGUUUGUUAUUUUUUUUUUUAAAAAACGUGCUAAUUAUAGGGGUUAAAUUUGUCACUGUCGGCCCAAUCUGCCUAAAUCAAAGACUAAUUCUCUGGCGUGUAAUUAAAAAUUAAAAAUAGCUAAUCUUCUAAUCACUGGCUUAAAUUCUCCUGAACAUUCCCCAAGGUUUGAAUGUUUUAAUUUUCUAAGUUGAUUCCUGAUGAUAAAUAUGAUGAAUUGAACCUAAAAACUAUGAAACCCUUUCCAGACUCUUAGAAGCAAAUCAAGCUCACUAUAACAAUCUAUCAGCUCUUAUAAACAGUACUAAGUGGCUUCUACAGUGUUGUUAUUUUUUUGAGGGUCCAGCUCAGUGUACUUGCUUCAGUGUUGAUCACUUGUUGAGUCGAUUGAAGCAGUAGGUUCAAGUGAAAGUGCAACGCUCCAAAUUUUGCAGCAAUUACUGGAAAUAAAAGCAUGGCAUUAACUCCACAA